CGCGCGAGCAGCCUUGGUCCUAGUAGCUUCCUUCAGCCGCCGUCGCUGCGCUCUCGCUGUCGCUCCCGACACGGUCGUCUCCGCCGAGCCGCGGGCGCCGCGGGAGGGAGCGGCCGUGCGUCCGCCGCCUGCCGGUGGAGUCGGAGGCCGGCCCUCUUGGAGUUGGGCUGCCGGAGCCGGGGCCGGGCACGGCGCUGACGGCCCCGCGGAGCUGAGACCUCCGGAGAGGACAGGCGGCGACGCGGAGGCUCGGGUCCGGCCGCCCCCGGAGCCCGGAGGAGGCCGGCGGGACGAUGUCCGGGGGGUCGGGUCAGCUCUCCACCACCGAGCGCGUCGUCAAAGGUGUCCCCUUUCCUCCAACUCAAAGGCUUACUAUGAAGGAAGUAUUUGAGAAUGGAAAACCUAAAAUGGAUGUUUUGAAAAACCAUUUGAUAAAGGAAGGCCGAGUGGAAGAGGAAGUAGCCUUGAAGAUAAUCAACGAUGGGACUGCCAUCCUGAAACAAGAGGAUACCAUGAUUGAUGUGGAAUCUCCAAUCACAGUGUGUGGUGACGUUCAUGGACAAUUCUUUGAUCUGAUGAAGUUGUUUGAAGUUGGAGGAUCACCUUCUAAUACACGCUACCUCUUUUUGGGUGACUAUGUGGAUAGAGGCUAUUUCAGUAUAGAGUGUGUGCUGUAUUUAUGGGGUUUAAAGAUUAAUUAUCCUCACACAUUCUAUCUGCUUCGAGGAAAUCAUGAAUGCAGGCAUCUUACAGAAUAUUUCACCUUCAAACAGGAAUGUCGGAUCAAAUAUUCAGAACAUGUGUAUGAUGCAUGUAUGAAUACAUUUGACUCUCUUCCUCUUGCUGCCCUCUUAAACCAACAGUUUCUCUGUAUACAUGGAGGAAUGUCACCUGAAAUUACUUCUUUAGAUGACAUUAGGAAAUUGGACAGGUUUGUUGAACCUCCUGCCUUUGGGGCAGUAUGUGACUUGCUUUGGUCUGAUCCCUCAGAGGAUUAUGGCAGUGAGAAGACUGUGGAGCAUUAUACGCACAACACUGUCCGAGGAUGCUCUUACUUUUUCAGUUACUCUGCAGCUUGUGAAUUUUUGCAUAACAACAGUUUAUUAUCAAUAAUUAGAGCUCACGAAGCCCAAGAUGCUGGGUAUCGAAUGUACAGGAAGAAUCAGGCAACGGGCUUUCCAUCACUUAUUACAAUUUUCUCUGCCCCCAAUUACCUAGAUGUCUAUAACAAUAAAGGUAAAAAAAAAAGCCCAGCGGUUUUUGAGUUUUUGACUGCAGUGUUGAAAUACGAAAACAAUGUCAUGAAUAUCAGGCAGUUUAACUCUUCUCCACACCCCUACUGGCUUCCAAACUUUAUGGAUGUUUUCACUUGGUCUUUGCCUUUUGUUGGAGAAAAAGUGACAGAGAUGUUAGUUAACAUUCUGACCAUAUGCUCUACUGAUGAACUGAUUUCUGAGGAGGAAACAGAAGGAGGCACUGCAGUCCGAAAAGAGGUCAUCAAGAAUAAGAUCAGAGCCAUUGGGAAGAUGGUACGGGUCUUUUCAAUUCUUCGGGAAGAGAGUGAGAGUGUGCUGACUCUCAAGGGCCUGACCUCCUCAGGCACACUCCCCCUAGGUGUCCUCUCAGGAGGACGGCAGACCAUUGAGAAAGUUUUUUCACUAAAGGAACGAAGGGAAGGCUUUCAUAGCAACUGGCCUGUUUUCUUGCACAAUAAACAGAAGCCUCUGCCAUAUCUCCAAUCCAGAAAGCUACAGUCCAGGCGAUACGGUCCCAGGAAGGAUUUUCAGUUGGGCACAAAAUCCAGAGUUUUGAAGAAGCUCGAGGUCUGGACCGAAUUAAUGAGCGAAUGCCACCUCGACUUGGUAGUACGUCCCCCGAUUUGUCAAUGAAACCCCUAAUCUCGGCUGUGCAAAGGAGCAUCCAGAGAAAGAAAGCUCAGUAAUGACGCAAUCCUGCUGAGGUAGACCGCAACCCGACCAGCAAUGCUACUUAUAAGUGGGAAAUGAAACAAAAAUAACUCAAAAUAACUUAAACCUGGAGGUCCAUUCAGAAUUCAGUCUGCCUUUAUUCUGUAAGAAGGUGAACAUUUUAUAAAUUCUUUUAGAUGUGUUCAGUAUAUAUCAAAAAUGUAUCAAAAGCGCAUCUGUUUUGUUCUUUUCACCUAAUUUUUGAAAAUUAAUCUGAUUGUUAUAGAUAUACAUGUGAAGUCUUGUUAAUACAUAAAAGAAACCUUCCCAUAAUAAAAGGGCCUUGGAAACCUCAACCUGGGUUUCUGACUUGAA